AUGUGGACUAAGGUGGAAUCCAAUCAAGUUAUUCUUCCUUAUGGAGGCCUUCUUACACUCCUCUUUACUAAACUUAAUGUUACCACUGGUUCUGAAUUUUUCAUAAAAAGGACUAGAUAUGAUUUCUUCAAUGAGACUUCUCUUAAACAAAUGGGCUAUGAUAAGGGUAGUACUGGCUGGUAUUUGAAAGUUGCUAAGCCUACCAAAACACCAUCUGCUUCUGCAGUAGGAUCAGCUUCAGCAUUAGCCUCAGCCUCUGCUCCAGUUUCAACAGCAGCUCAAUCUUCCUCCUCACAAGAUCUUGCCUUAUCUUCAGAAGCACCUUCUUGGCUUUUAUCCUUUCAACAAGAAUUUUCUAGUUUCUCUUCUGAAGUAUGCACUGGUCUUCAGAAUAUCAAGGCAAAGGUCACAUCACUAGAUAAACGAGUGACUCUUAUAGAGCACUAUCAAGCUAAACUUUCUAAGGGCAGUGAUCCCAUGGACAUCAGUUCUGCUCAUCCAAGUACUGAAGGUGAUGAUGAUGAUAAUGAUGAUGAUGCAAAUGAUGAUAAUGAGGGUAAUUCUGACAAUGAAGAUGAUGAAGGAAACACUGAAGAAGAAGGGUCUCAAGAAGAAGGAGAAGAGUCUCAAGAAGAAAAAACAGCAAAAGGAGAUGAUUCUGUAGAAGAAGACUAG